CACGCAAGUGACAUGCUGUACUGUAGUACGCAUACUCCUUCAUAUUUUGUGCCUCUUGUCAUUCGCUAAAACAGGCCUUAAACUGUGCUAUUUGAAGGGGUGAUAGGAGGACAAAUGACAAUUACUUGAGAGGAAGCAUUGUAAUUUUAUUUUCCUGUUAGAUUCCAGUGUUGUUUUUUUUUUUUUGAAUGGCCAACUCAGACUUCGAAGGAUAGGCAACAGACAGAGAGCAGUAGAAGAAGGCCUUGACAUACAAAAUCAACCAACUGGUUGCUAUUUAUUGGUGGCCUGGAGGGCUAGCCUGAGAAGCAAGGAGGUGAUAGAACAUAACCGUUUUUUCAGCACCUUGUAAGGCAAACAUGGAGGAGUCUAGUGAAACUAGUAAUCAUGCUAGUUUGGUGCCUGCUUCUGGUACUGCACUUGAUGAGAAAGGGGAACCUGCAGUUCCAAUGCCCAAACAAUCACGUUUUAAUGUGAAAAUUGUUCACGAGCAACCAACAGAAACUCUACCACGGAAUAAAGGCCGCAUGUCAAUGGUUGAUAAGAAUGACACUUUAAACGAAAGUAUGCAUGUGACUUUUGGACAGAAUACUCAUGAAGCUAUUCCAUCAAUUGCUUACUACAGGAAUGUUUUCUCAACUACUGCUGAAGCUAAGAGGCGACCAACAUUGGCAGAAUUGCAUGAACCUAAGAGAAAGGAUGUUGAGAAUUCAUCACCUGAGGACCAAGAAGUGGGCAAUGUUGUCCAGUUUCAGGGUAGUAAAUUUGGCUGGAUCAAAGGUGUUUUGGUACGAUGUCUUCUGAAUAUUUGGGGCGUGAUGUUAUUUUUACGUCUAACCUGGAUAACAGGCCAGGCAGGAGUUGGAUGCGCUACGAUCAUCAUUCUAAUGUCAACAGUUGUCACAGUUUUAACAACAUUGUCAAUGUCUGCGAUCUGUACUAAUGGCCAAGUGAAAGGAGGUGGCGCCUACUACAUGAUAUCUCGUAGUCUAGGACCGGAAUUUGGUGGUUCGAUUGGACUAAUAUUCUCCUUAGCCAAUGCUGUGGCUGUUGCUAUGUAUGUUGUAGGAUUCUCAGAAACAACAAGAGAUUUACUACAUGAUAAUAAUUUAAUUUUGGUUGAUGAGAUCAAUGAUGUGCGUAUAAUUGGCGUGACUACGUUAGUUGUCUGUCUCGGUAUAACAAUGAUAGGCAUGGCAUGGGAAGCACGGGCCCAGUUGAUUCUUCUUGUCAUCCUAAUUUGUUCCAUCAUCGUACUUCUAAUUGGUUCAGCGAUUCCACCAACUCACGAUGAGAUUGCCAAAGGCUUUGUAGGUUUUAAUGCUGGGACGUUUAAAGAAAACUUUAAGCCUGCAUACACAGUGGGAGAAAGUUUCUUCUCCAUCUUUUCCAUCUUCUUUCCGGCUGCUACUGGGAUCUUGGCAGGUGCCAACAUAUCCGGUGAUUUGCGUGAUGCUCAGAAGGCUAUACCCAAGGGGACGCUUCUAGCCAUCGGCAUCACGUCGGUCGUAUAUAUCGGCCUGGUCUGGUUGCUCGGUGCCGUUAUGGUCAGGGAAGCAUCCGGAAACAUAGCGGAUUACUUUCCAGUGGCUGAUGCAGUAACUUCUGGUAUUGUACUUGCCACCAGUAUGCCUAUCCCCACCAGCGGGCCUAUCGCCACCACCAGUUCCACCGCUGUGAUCUGUGGCGCCGGAAAAGCGUGCGAGUAUGGCUUGUUGAAUGAUCUGCAGGCUGCGUACAUUAUCUCGGCAUUUGCACCAUUUAUCAUCGCCGGUAUCUUCGCUGCCACACUGUCCUCCGCUCUCGCAAGUUUAGUCAGUGCACCAAAAGUGUUUCAGGCUGUCUGUAAGGAUAAUGUCUUUCCAAAAACCAAGUUCUUUGCUAAAGGUGUAGGCCCAACAGAUGAGCCUAAGAGGGCAUAUGUCUUAACAUUUUUCAUUGCUCUUGCCUUCAUUGCUCUUGGUGAACUGAAUGCUAUUGCUCCAAUCAUAUCCAAUUUCUUCUUGGCUUCCUACGCCCUCAUCAACUUCUCGUGUUUCUCGGCAUCAUUGUCAAAAACACCAGGUUGGCGUCCUGCUUUUAAAUAUUAUAAUAAAUGGGUAGCACUGUUAGCGUCCGUGAUCUGUAUUGCUGUUAUGUUUCUUAUUAAUUGGUAUGCGGCGUGUUUUACCGUAGCGGUAGUAGGAGCACUAUAUCUAUACGUCAAUCAUAAAAAACCAGAAAUUAACUGGGGCUCUUCAACACAAGCACUAACAUAUAAACAAGCAUUACAGUGCACUGUGAAAUUGCUAACUAUACCAGAACACACUAAAACAUUCAGACCUCAGUGCCUCAUUUUAAGUGGGGCACCAGAAUGCCGUCCAGCUUUAGUGCAUUUUGUAUCACAUAUCACUAAAAACAACAGUCUUCUUAUAUGUGGAAAUGUUGUUAUAGGUAACCAAGAGGAAAAUCGUGACCAAAUGACCUCAAUAAUGAAUGACCAUACUAAUUGGCUACUCAGACAAAAAAUUAAGGGCUUCUAUUCACCUAUUAUAUCCAAAUCGCUAAGGUCUGGAGCACAGAGUCUACUACAGAUUAGUGGUCUUGGUAAACUGAGGCCCAAUACCAUGUUUCUAGGUUUCAAAUCUAAUUGGCGGAAAGAUAUUUCAAGCAAUGUAGUUGACUAUGUUGGCAUUAUCCAUGAUGCAUUUGACCUGAACUAUGGGGUCGCCAUCCUACGCUUCCCACAAGGCUUAGAUGUGUCUGCCGCUCUUAAUAUGCAAGCGCAACAAAACGGUCGAUCAAAUCUACCAAAACCAUCUGAGCAGACAAUUAAUGAAGCAGAACCUUUAAUCCUUGAGGAUAGCGGGGAAACAGUGGCCUCCGAAGCCUCCUCCGAAAAGGAGUUGAAGGUGGCAGGCAGACCCCUUGAGGACAGCACAGCCUUAAUUAAAGGCCAUAGGCCUGGCAGUGUCAUCAAGUCAGUCAAUGCAUUUCAAGACAAGCAAGCUAAGGGAACCAUAGACGUCUGGUGGUUGUUCGAUGACGGAGGUUUAACCCUACUUAUCCCUCACAUUUUAACUCUAAGACGACAGUGGGAGCGAUGCAAGCUUAGAGUCUUUGCAGGUGGAAAGAAAGACCAGAUAGAAAAAGAAAAAAUCAGCAUGGCUAACAUGCUAAGCAAAUUUCGUAUUGAUUGCCACAGUGUGGAGAUUAUACCAGACAUUGGCAAAAAACCACAGGAUGUCAGCUUGGCAACAUUUGAGUCAUUUGUUGAACCAUUUAUGUUGACUGCCGACCAAGAUGUUAAAGAUUUCCCAGGGUACAUCACUAAAGAGGAGAGGAAGAAUUUGAAAGAGAAAACAUAUCGACAUAUACGAUUGAGAGAACUGUUAUUUAAACAUUCUAAGGAUGCUAAUUUAAUAUUCUUGACUCUACCAAUGCCUAGGAAAGAAGCCUGUUCAGCGUAUAUGUACAUGGCAUGGCUUGAAACAUUAUGCAAUGCUAAGGACUUGCCCCCAAUAGUCCUAAUGCGGGGAAACCAAACCAGUGUGCUUACGUAUUACUCGUAAAACGUAUAAAGCUGGGCACGCACACACUGUGUUGGCCGACGUGAUUAUGUCAAGCCCAUGUCAUCAUUUUUACUGCCACUGAUAAUCAGCAGAUAGCGUUGCAUCAUCAAUUACUCACACAAAGCAGGAAAGGAUUCUUCGGUGGUGCAGAGUGUUCAAUACUGUAAUACAUCUCACUGGAGGUGUCUAUUAGCAAUAAUGAUAAAAAGAAUGUGUAUGAGAAAGCUUAGAUGUGCUUAUCUCAGUAUGGUUAAUUAUGCAUUUUAUAAUUAGAUUUUAAAAUGAUCAAUGGUUAAUGUAACCAGUUCAUUUCACAAAAUAAUAAUAAUUGAGGCUUAUCAAUGGAUUGUGUAUUACGUAAUAUCUAAUGGGAAUGUCCAAAAGGGACCAACUAGAACCCUGUAGGUCAAUUGGUUGAGCAACGUAAUGGUAGUUAGAGGGUCAUGUCAUGUUUGAAUCCUGAUGGAGAAAAAAACUAUUAGAAUUGCAAAUAAUUUGUAAAAGUUUGUUUUUUUAUAUUACAUUAUACUGCCUUCUUUAGUUUAAAAUUUAAGCUAUAUUGCCCCCUAUAGUUUGGUAUUUACAGUUUUGCAAACAUUGUGCUAAGUUUAAAACAGUUUAAUAGCUGAUUUAAAAAAAGAAUUAACUGAAAUAAUUUUUAAAAUUAUCUAACAAUACCAAUAUUGAUUUAAUACUUGUUACUAAUUUAAUGAAGUUAGUUUUCAAAUAAUUUCUAAAAGUUUGUUUUUUUAUGUUACGUUAUACUGCCGCCUUUAGUUUAAAAUUGAAGUUAUAUUGCCCUCCAUAGUUUGGUAUUUUUACAGUUUUGUAAACAUUGUGCUAAAUCUAAAACAGUUUAAUAGCUGAUUUAAAAAAAACUUCAAUUUAAUAUUUUUAUAAAUUAAUGAACAUUGCCAGUAUUUACUAAUUUAAUGAAGUUAGUUUCCAAAUGAUUUCUAAAAGUAUGUAUUUUUUAUGUUGCAUCAAACUACCUUUAUUAUAAAAAUUGAAGCUAUAUUGCCCUUUAUAGUUUAGUUUUACGGUUUUGUAAACAUCAAUUCGUACUAAGUUUAAAACAAUUCAAAGGCUGAUAUUAAAAAAAAUUCAUUUUAAUAUAUUCUUUUAAUAUUAUUUAACAUUGCCAAUAUUGCUUUUAUGCUUGUUAAUUUAAUGAAGCUUGUUUCCUUUUUGUUAAUAUCUGUUAUGGAAUUCAUUAACCUGGUGCAUAUUAUUUAUUUUUAAAGUUGCUUUAGCUGAAAUUGCACAAAUAAUGAGACCAAUUCUCACAGAAGAAUUCUCUAAACAAUUAGAAAUGAAGAAAUAUAAAGCAAACUUUAUUUUUUAAGAUAUUACCUUAAAAGAAUGUAAAUAUGAUUGCUAUGCAGCAUAAAGAUUGUCAUGUGUAAUGAGUAAUUAACAUCAUGUUAAUGAGGUUAAUUAAUAUGAUGUUGAUUAGAAUUAAUUUGCUUGUAAAUAUAUAGUAACCCGAAAAGUUGGAGCUGUAAAUAAGAUAUUUACAUCAUUAAUUAUUGGAAACAUAAUGUUACAUAAUAUUGGAUUGAUUUGGUUUAUAUAUUUAUUCGAAUGAACACCCCAUGGCGUUCAUUGUUGAGAAGGUUUUUUUGAAAGGGGAGUUUAUUCAAGAGAGGCAUUUAUUUUUUUUGGUAAAAUGGAUAUGUAUAUACUUAUAUAAAUGCUCUCUUAAUUUCACUGUAAAUGUGGAAUUACAAAACACUUAACUACAGUCAAAAUAAUAAUAAGAAUAACUACGGUAUAUGUGUUGUUAAGGAUUGGAACUAUCCGAUCGCAGUUCAUCAUUGCUUAUAUAUAAAUGGCAAUCCCUUAUACUCUUAUCAUCACAGAUGUACAAAUACACACAAAACAGGAAGUGAAUCGGUCAAUAUACCGAAGAAUAUUUUCCAGAGUCUUCUACCAAAAUGUAUACAGUACUGAGUUCUUUUUAGUGUGCAAAGCCAUUAUGUAUACAGGACCAACAGCUUAAUUUCUUAUCUGAAAGGAAAGGUUAAAUUAGAAUAAUAUUUUUUACCCAACAACACAAGAUCAUUUUGGCAGAUAUCUAACCAGAUAUCUAUCAAAUUUCAAGUGACAAAUUUGUGUGAUGUGCCAAUAUAUAGGCAAGAUGAUGUCAUAUUACACCCAAAUAUGGGCAUAUCACACUUAUUUCACAUAAAAUUUUUUAGUGUUGACAUUGCCUUACACUUAGAAAUCAAAUUUAUCAAAAUAAUUUCAUCUGGUUUUAAUAUUUUAUUGCUAAAAAACAAUUCUCUGUAAAUAAAACCAUUUUGUUAGCAUACACUAUAAUGAAUUAGAUAUUUUGGCUAAUAAAUGUGAUAGUAGGUUUUUAAUAUUUUUCCUGUAGGCAUGGCAGUGAUUUGACUGUUGAGUUCUGUCCACACUACCAAACUAUUUGUGUGAUGUGCCCAUAUUUGGGUAUGAUGAUGUCAUAGUACACACACAAAUAUGGGCUUAUCACAGUUGUUUGUUACAUCAAAUUUGAUAGUGUGGACAGUGCUUUAGUCUUACUGGGAUAUAAUGGCGUGGUGUACUUAAGGACCGUUAUACUUGUUGUGCUGGUCGUAUUGCUGGUGUCGUAGGGCAAGAUACUUUUUUCUGUCUUUCUCUGACAAAACUUAGGAUUUAAUUGUGUAAGGUGAAUUAGUUGAGACACUUGAAACUUUAUACUAAUGAGUGGUGGAGGUUGCACGUUCUGUGUCCAGCGACCAUUGAAACAUAAGCCCAUAGGGAUUUUGGUAUUACUGAUAUGUGCUGUACUAACACUUACAACAUAUGACACACCAGGGAUCCAAAGUUAGAAGAAGCAAUUUCUUGGAGAUCUGCUUAUACAAAAUUUUAUAACACAUAUUGCAUAUUUCUGGGACCCUUGUAAAAUGCUGCAAUAUGACACUUAAAACAGGACUGACAACCAAUGUUAUUCUUGCAAUUAUUUACACAUAAAACUACCAUACUCAUUUAAGCUGUGUGCUUGUAUUUAUCUGUGUAAACAAAAUAUAAUACUGGAUUAUUAAAUAAUAAUAAGUCUUUUUUCUGUUUUAAAGUUAUCGUGCUCUUAUUUUUAUACCAAACCGAAAAUCAGAAGCAUAUUUUCUAAUACUGUGUCUAUUUCACUUUUCUAUUAUCACAACAUUGGUUUAUACUUGCAAAAAUAAUGUUAACGAUUAAAAGCUAAAAAGCAAUUGUUAAUAUAGAAAAAUAAAAGAAAUAAGAGAAGUUUUUACACUAGACGAUUCGAUAAUGAUUUUUAGUGAAUACGAUAACAAAAUAUUGUGAGAAAUCAAUCCAAGUGAUGUCAUAAUCAUAGAAAACAAUAAAAUCGUUACUACUACGAUUUUAUCGUUUUUCAAUGAUUAUGACGUCAUUUGAAUUGAUUGGUGAAAUUAUUUUUUAUUGUGUAUCGUCCUAGUGUAAUAACUGCUUUUAUUUCUUUUAUUUUCUAUAUGAAAAAUUGCUUUUUAUCGUUAUCGUUGCAAGUAUGUACAGGCAUUUACACUGCCAUUUUGUUGGACCUUAGCAACAAUAUCCAAGGGGUGUGGCUUAGUGGAAAGUUCUAUUGAGGUUCAAAGGUUAGCCACCAAAGCACAAGUCCACUCAAUAAUAAUAGAUCUAAGGUAUAUAAAUGGAAUUUUACAUUAUAAAGAAUGAUACUUCUUACAAAGUAACAUAGUAUUAAUAAAUGUAGAUGGAAUUUAAAAGUGCGAAGGACACAUGGAGAUAUAUUGCAAAUAAAUAAAUAUAACUAUUCUCAAUGCA